UUCCCGCCAUUUGCUGAGGAUUCUCCACCCUUCUCCUCUGAUGCUGAAUUUUGUGGGCAUAUUUAGGAAGACGCUCAAAACCCAGGCCGGCUGCCUGAGCUCGAGGGGAGGAAGGAGACAGGCCUAGACCCUCAGAAAGCGUAUAUGAUGCUAGAUUUGUGCUCUCUAUACUUCUGAACCAAUGAUGGGAAAAUGGGAAGCAAAACUGAAGCAAAUUGAAGAACUAGCAUCUCAAUAUGAGAGGAAACCACUGUCCUCAGUCUAUAGACCUAGACUGUCCAAGCCAGAAGAACCACCUUCCAUUUGGAAACUAUUUCAUCGACAAAAUCAAGCUUUUGAUUUUGUUAAAAGCUGUAAAGAGGAUGUUCAUGUAUUUGCUUUGGAAUGCAAAGUAGGAGAUGGACAGCGUAUUUACCUUGUAACAACUUAUGCUCAACUUUGGUUUUACUACAAAUUGCGGAAAAAUCUUUUGCACUGUUAUGAAGUUAUUCCUGAAAAUGCUGUGUGCAAGCUCUAUUUUGAUUUGGAGUUUAACAAAUCAGCCAAUCCAGGCACUGAUGGGAAAAAGAUGGUCGCAUUACUCAUAGAACAUGUUUGUAAAGCACUUCAGGAGUUGUAUAGUGUUCACUGUUCAGCUGAAGACGUUUUCAACCUGGAUUCUAGCACUGAGGAAAAAUUUAGCCGCCAUUUGAUAUUUCAGCUCCAUGACGUGGCCUUUAAAGAUAACAUUCAUGUUGGUAAUUUUGUCAGAAAAAUUUUGCAGCCCGCUCUUCACUUAAUUGCCAAAAAUGAUGAUGAUAGGAUUUCAGAGACAUUGGACCAUGAAUUUCCCCAAUUUUCUGAAGCACCAUUAAAACAAGGAAUUUCCCUUAACAAAAUGUCCACAGAUAAGGAGAAAGAAGAGAGCUGGACAUUGAAUUCAGAGAAACUGGAGAAGUUGGGGCCAGCUAAGCCAAGUGAUCCUGAUCUUUCAUUUUUAAUUGUGAAGAAUAACAUGGGAGAAAAGCAUCUUUUUGUGGAUCUAGGAGUAUAUACAAGAAACAGAAACUUUCGGCUGUAUAAAUCAUCAAAAAUAGGAAAGUGUGUGGCUUUGGAGGUUGCUGAAGACAACAGAUUUUUUCCUAAACGGCCAAAAAAUGUUUCUACAGAAAACCAGUAUUUCCUCUCUUCCUUGGUCAGCAAUGUCAGAUUCUCAGAUACUUUAAGAAUUCUUACAUGUGAUACAUUCCAGAAUAAAGGAAAGAGAAGUGGGUAUCUUAACAGUACCAACAAUUCAGGAGAAACACUUGAAGGUUUUCAGUACUCGCCCUACCCUGAAGUUGAUCGGUUUGUUCUUUCUUUGGUGAAUAGAAAUGAUGUGGAAGGAGGAAUUCGGCGUUGGAACUACUUUUUCCCAGAAGAAUUACUAGUCUACGACAUUUGCAAGUAUCGCUGGUGUGAAAACAUUGGCAGAGCCCACAGGAGUAAUAAUAUCAUGAUUCUAGUUGAUCUGAAAAAUGAAGUUUGGUAUCAAAAAUGUCAUGACCCUGUAUGUAAAGCAGUUAACUUCAAAUCUGACUGUUUUCCAUUGCCUGCUGAAGUCAGUCUCCGGUUCUUUCUCAAAGAAGAAGAAGAGGUUAUAGCAGAUGACAUGGGCAACAAGAAACCCAUGAAUCCUCCUGAGGCGCCACCCUGCAAGCCAUCACCAGGUGCAUCUUUUGAUGCUGACUGGGACAGUGGCAGUGAUGAUGCUUGCUUGUUACAAGUGGCUGAAGAUGCUGAACUAGCUGAUGUUGCAGAGAACAGUCUUCUCAGUUACAACAGUACAGAGGACGAAAUUCCUGAUGAACUAAUUAUAGAAGUCUUACAAGAGUAGCUAACUGCACACAAUACUUCUACAACCAGACUGUCAUUUGCCUGAAGACUGUGACUUGUAAUAACAAUCAAUUAGGGCUGGCUGGGGUUUGAGCUCAGUGGUAUAGAACUUGCUGAGCAUGUACAAGGCCCUGGGUUCAAUCCCUAGAACUGAAAAAAGAAUGGUGUUAACUUAUUAUUAAACCUGAUUAUAUCAACA